GAUUAGGAGUAUGGUUUAAUUUGAAGCACUACCCUUUUUGCUUUUGUUGAUAGCAGUGAAGGAAAGAGGGGAAGAAGGUGAAGAAGGUGAGUAGUGAUGGUCUGUGAAAAGAGCAAGAUACUGGUAUUCGGGGCCACAGGGUAUCUGGGUAAAUACAUGGUGAAGGCAAGUGUGUCGAUGGGCCAUCCGACCUACGCCUACGUUCGCCCGGCUAACCCUGAUGCCAAGCCUUCCAAGCUACCGCAGCACCGGGAGUUGGAGUCCCUGGGAGUCACCAUCUUCCAAGGAGAAUUGGAUGAGCAUGAGACGAUGGUAGCAGCACUGAAGCAAGUGGAUGUUGUGAUAUCCACCUUGGCAGUUCCUCAACAUUUAGAACAGUUCAAAAUCAUAGAUGCCAUCAAAAAAGCUGGCAAUAUCAAGGUUCAUGCUUUAUCUCUCUCUCUCUCUCUCUCUAUCUAG